AUGAGAAUAAUAAUAUUAGCCUUGUUGAUCGUUUGUACCAUAAUUAAUUAUUAUUGUGCUGUUCAAAACAAUGGAAAUAAAAGUUUGAAUGUAAUGCCUACUUGUAGUAUGCCUGGAAAUGAUAGUGAUAGUAAUGAUAAUGAGACAGGUGAUGUAGAUAAUGAUAAGAAUAAUGAAUUAGGAAAUGCAAAUGAUAAUAAUGAAAUGAAUAAUGAAAACGCGGAAUCAAAAAAUAUGCAAGGAGAGAAUUCAAAUAAUCAAGAACAAUUAAAUGAAAAUGUACAUGCUAAUGAUGAUGCCAUGUAUGAAGGGACACCUUCAAGCGAUAAUCCUCCACAAGAAAAUGUUGAUGCAAAUAAUAAUGAGCAAGAAUAUGGUCCCCCACAAGAAGAACCAGUAUCUGAAAAUAAUGUAGAGAAUGUAGAAGUUGCAACAGAUGAUAGUGGUAAUGAUAAUAUUAAUAAUAAUGAUAAUUUUAAUAAUAAUGAUAAUUAUAAUGAUAAUGAUAAUUUUAAUGAAGAACCACCUUCUGAUGAUGGAAAUAAAAAUGAAGAUGAACUCACUGAAGGAAACCAAUCUGAUGACAAACCUAUGAACGAAGAAGAAGCUACUAUUAAUGAAAUGGGAAAGAUAACUAACCCUUUUGAAGAUAUGUUAAAGGGAAAAGUUGACGAUAUGGAUAUUGGAAAAAUGAUGAAUAAAGAUAAUUUACAAUCAUUUUUAAGUUCAUUAACAGGAAACAAAGAUGGUAGUGGAAAAAAUCCACUUAGUGAUAUGAUGAAUAUUUUUGGUGUACCACAAACAGGAAAAGAAGGUGCAGAAGGAGGAGUAAAUAAAGAAAACCAAAUGAAACAAAUUAAUGAAUUAAAAGACAAAUUAGAAACAAUGUUAAAAGGUGCUGGUGUAAAUGUAGACAAAAUUAAAGAUAGUAUUAAAAAUAAUGAUUUAUUAAAAAAUAAACAAUUAUUAAAAGAAGCUAUUUCAAAAUUGACGUUAGACCCUUCAAUGAUGAAUAUGUUAAAUAAUAAAGAUGGAGCUAAUGGAAAACCGUUCGAUAUAAAUCCAGAUAGCAUGAUGAAAAUGUUUAAUGCACUUUCUAAUGAAAAUGGAAAUCUUGAUGACUUAAAAAUGAAACCAACUGAUGGAUCUUUUGAUUCAUUUAAUGAUGGUGUUGAUAAUAAUUUAGUUCCUUCGAAUCCUAAAGGACAAAAUAAUAAUGAAGAGGACGACGAAGAAGGAGGUGAUGAUGAUGAUUAUGAUGAUAAAUCAUUCGUUGUAAAUUCUAAAUAUGCUGAUAAUUCCUUUGAAGAUAAAUUUAAUACUUUUGAUGAAAAGGAUGAUGAUGUUAAAUAUGAAUUAUUUGGUGAAAAUGAAGAAGCAGAAGAACUUAAUAAUAAUACAACUACUGCUUCAUCCAAGGGCGAUGCAAACAAUAGUGUAAACACACAAGAAGGAGAAGGAGAAGAAGAAUCUUUUUCAGCAAAUGAAGAAAAUAUAAAUAAUAAUAACAAUCAUAAUAAUAAGAACUAUAAUAAUUAUAAUACUAGCCAACAAGAAGAGGAUGAUAACAGUUUUAAUGAAAACGAUGAACCAUUAAUAUCGUCAUCACAAUUUGAUAAUAAUAAGAAAAAUAAAAUGUCAGUUUCUACUCAUAACAAAAAAUCCAAAAAUCUUAUGGAUUCUUUAGAUUUAGAAAGUACUAACUAUGGAUCAAAUUCUUCAUCAUCCAUGAGCAACAAUUAUAACAGUAAAAAUAAAAAUAGCAAGAAAAAUAAUAAAAAAAAAUCAUCACAGAAAGAUUAUAUAAGAACAGAUGGUAAAGUUUCAUUUGAUAUGGCUACAUUGCAGAAGACAAUAAAAAAUUUUGGUGGUGCAGAUAAUGAAAUCGUACAAAAUAUAUUAAAGAAAUAUGUAACCAUAGAUAAUGAUGAUGACAACGAUGCAGACGAAGAUGAAGAUGAGGACGACGAUGAUGAUGAUGAUUUGGAUGAAGAUGAAUUUAGUGUUAAAGAUAUUAAAAAAUUAAUCGAAGAAGGUAUUUUAGAUUAUGAAGAUUUAACAGAAAAUGAAUUAAGAAAAUUAGCUAAACCUGAUGAUAAUUUCUACGAAUUAUCACCAUAUGCAAGUGAUGAAAAAGAUUUGUCAUUAAAUGAAACUUCAGGAUUAACCAAUGAACAAUUGAAAAACUUCUUAGGACAAAAUGGUACAUAUCAUAUGAGUUAUGAUUCCAAAUCUAUUGAUUAUGCUAAACAAAAGAAAUCAGAAAAGAAAGAGGAUCAACAAGAAGAUGAUGAUGGAUUCUAUGAUGCCUAUAAACAAAUUAAAAAUUCUUAUGAUGGUAUUCCAAAUAACUUUAACCAUGAGGCCCCACAACUUAUCGGUAACAAUUAUGUAUUCACAUCUAUAUAUGACACUAAAGAAAAUCUAAUAAAAUUCUUAAAGAAAAAUAGUGAAUACGAUUUAUAUGAUGAUGAUGAUAAAGAAGGUGGAAACUUUAAAUCUCCUUUAUAUGACAAAUAUGGAGGAAAGUUACAAAAAUUCAAAAGACAAAGAGCUUUUAAUAUACUUAAACAAUGGAGAGCUAAAGAAAAAAAAUUAAAAGAAAAGAAAAAGAAAGAAGAAAUGGAAGAAAAUAAAGAAUUCGACUUUUCUAAAAAUUAUAAUUUUUCAUCUAAAAAUGAUGGAGGUGUUACUAUGUUUUCAAAAGACCAACUUGAAGAUAUGGUAAAAAAUUUUGGAGGAAAACCAAGUGCUCAUGUAACUGAUUCUUUUUCACGUAAAGAAAAUCCAUUUGUCCCAACUAAUACAAAGAAUAAUUCAAAUGAUGAUGAUGAUAUGGAUAAUGGAUAUGUUACCUUUGAUGGAAAAAAUAAGGUCUCAGAAAAUGAUGACGAUGAAAAAGGAAAUAACAAUGAUGAUGAAAAUGAUAACGAUGAUUCUAAUGAUGAAGAAGAAUUGGACGAAGAAGAGGACGACAAUUAA